AUGGAAAGUUAUAACUCGGCCCUACGAACUUCCUGGACAUAUUUCCUUGGUUCCCCGAACAACUUUAAUUGUGUUGUGGAGCUCUCCUCGGUCCCCCCACUCUCUCAGUCCAAUCGACCUCUCAUUCUCCAAAUUGAGUUGUGUCUGCCUAAUUGCCCCAAACCCCGGAUGCUUCUUGGUUUGAGUCCGACCGUGCUUCCCGAUGUUCCCAGAGUCCUUAGAAAUGUAAAACAAUCUUGAUACGGUUCCCACGGAAAGGACAAAGCAUUUAGAGAAGGUAGUAAGUAAGCGGGCACACGCGUUAUGUUCAGGAUGUUCAGCGAAAUGUGAGAUAUGAUUAAACGAGCAAUGACGUCGAAUGUAGACUGUUCAAAGACUAUGUAAAAGUAGAUUCAAAGAAGAGUAAACGAAGUCUUUGGACGAACGGGACCAACUCUUCUUCCACAAAAUAUGAACAUAACCCCCGACGAAGUUAUAUGGCUUAACAAACCGAACCCUGGGCACCCAAUCUUAAAUUAUUUGGGGCCUUUGACCUUUUUCGGAUGACUUAUAUCACGGUGUCUAGACCCAUUUUCAAUUCUGGAAUUAUUAGUGAGCCUGCGACAAACAAAAAAGGAUUUUGCUUUCAAAAAAGUAACUUUUCCCAAAAAAAAACAUCAGAAUAUGAGAAAGGGAUCGUCAACAGCUCCCAAACCAGAAAUCUGCAGCUGAAGGCCCAAAAACAAUCUUCCAUGUAAAUCUGGCCUGUGCGAGCUCUGUUACUGGCAUCUUGAGGCAUGUUCUCCUCUUCCCUUCCAUUGCCACCACACGUAAUUGGAGUUUUGAAGUCUUGUUUAAAACGAAGAGUGGGGUCAACCCCUCCCUGUCUUUUUCGGCCGUUCCUAGACAACACCUCGCGGCCCCAACGGCCCUGAGGCCUUAAGUCGUCAUUAUCAUAGAUCCCAGUAAUUAAAAUUGGGCGCAAAACUUCUCUGCUUGUCGUUUUCAAUUUACAGACCGCCCACACGCAAGUGGAAAGACAAGCCCGGCCUAACUGACCUGUCCAAACAUUUACUACAACACGCUGACGAUGCACGUAAAGAGCUUCAAAUUGGCUGAAUGGUCUCAAAUUAGCGGCACCCAACAAACCGCAUAACGACCUCUUUAACGCCAAGUACAAGCCCUCCUCCCUUCGCCAUGCCCUCAGGUCAUCAGUCAAAAACAGUUGGCCUGAAGCCUCAAAUUACUAUUUCUACUUUGAACGGGACUUGAUAAAAAUUUAUCAUAACCGAAGGAAUGAGAGCGACCGCUCCGGGAUCUACAUCCCCAUACGUAUGAGAGAUUAGCUGGUGAUGAAUCAAGGAAAACGACAUGAAUUGCACUAAUCCUUGUCUCAAAUAGAAUACCAACUACGUGCUGUCAUGUCAUGAACAUAGAGAAGGAAGUUUCAGGAUAUAAUCUGGAGAAGACUACAAUUGUUUGGGAUUAUGGGAUAUGUUAAGACAAGCAGAUAGUCGUAUAUACAAGAGGAAAGCCGCUUAAAAUAUAAUACAAAAUAAUGACUGAUUACAUGAUCUUUUCGCAUAAACAUCCUUGCACAAAAGAGGAACUGCCAUUAUAAUUUGAGCUAUAAAUACAAUAAGAUGGAUAGACAGACGUUUUUGACAGACAUUUGAGAACGUAUUUCCUUGAUUCCACAAACAGAUAAAGCCGAAAAGAAAAAAACUAUGAAUGACAUCUCGGGCUAUUUACACUUCUGCAGGAAGUUUUCGAGGUCUGAUGCAUUAAAAAACAUUCGGUUAUUAUAAUACAGGGUGCGGCAAAAAAUGGAAACUUAUUCUUAUAGCUAUAUUUUUCCUAGCAAUCAAAAUGCCGCAAAAGUAACGGUCAUCAUCAAUAACAUAGAGCAUUAUUUAUAACAUAUUCAACCCGUUUCACCGUAGGUGCUUUUGGUGGCGAUAUGGAGCUCCAAACGUGACUUAAAAUUUUAGGCUUUUGGCCGCAGGUUUUUCCGGGGAAAUCGGUCCCGUUCUUGGCGCAACAUUUACUUUGCGACUCCAAACUUUUGUGCCGUGUAGUAAAGAUACUGGCCUCCAACUGAAAAAAAAUAUAGCAUAUUGGAUCCAUACCCGACGAGCAGGCUCACUUUUCGCAGACGGGGUGAAAUCGGGAAAAUCGGCCCCAUAACUGGUCUUGACUCGCUUUUUCCCUAUGAGCCGGCGCUGAGUCUAGUUGGAAUGCCAAAUUUGAGCUGCCAAGGUUCUACUGAGUCAACAGAAGCAUGAGGAAAUCGAGGUUAACCCGGCACUAGAAUUUUGCCCUCUUGAUCCACGAAAAUCUCGGAAUUCUUGCCGCUGGCACAAAUUCCGCCUUAGGCGAUGACGGCCCGGAUUUUGACGGUGUUCAUCGUUAGCCCACGUGCAGAGGGCCUCACCGGAUCGGAUUCUGGCGCUAUGUUGGUUAUGCACCCGCCAAACUUUGCACCGCGAAGGGAAUCGCGGACCUGCGGCCCGACGUCUGAAUUUUCGGCAUUUUUUCAGGCGUACGGGCUUGAUCUUGCCGAUGAGGAGUUAGGCAUUUUAGACCUUGUAUGGGGAGACCUUGAGUUGAUUUUUAGCUAUUUGACCGACUGGUCAGUUGCUGAUGCCGGUCUCACGGGCAAUUUUUUCUGGAAAUCGACGGAUUUCGCUGUUGAUGACCUCCCGGCUGGAAAAAGUGUUGGCGGUGCGUUUUCUUUCACUUAAUGGACGCUUAAAAUUGUUAACAAGCUCCUUGCAUUGCGUGAUUACUUUGGACACAACGUCGUUUCUAUACCGGUCAAAUUAGCACUUCGAACGGCUUAAAAAACAGGUCCAAAAUCGAGAUCCCUUUAUUUGACAUUCAAAUAAAGAAUGUUAAUAAACCGAUAUGGACAUGAAAUUAAAAGGUCUAGGAGAGAAAACUACGCAGAAUUUAACGGUAUGAAAAUAAUUUUGCUGCACUUAAAAAUUUUCGCGUAAGGACCCAAUGAAAAAAAGUUUCCAUUUUUUUGCCGCACCCUGUAUUAUUAAUGAUAGUCAUAUAUGUAUACAUAAUAUGUAAGUCCAAGACUCUUUUUUCCGAAAUCGCGAUUUCGAAAUUGGAAAAUCGGCGUCAAUUUAAUUUUUGCUGGGUGCCGAAUUCUGAAAUCCGGUGCAUUUUUGUAAAAUCAGCACCGGAAUUCUUUGCACUUCCACCAAAUCAGCACCUAUUUUCGAACCCGAUGUCAAGUUAAUCCUAAAACCCGAAAAGUGUUUGUAAUUUUUGAGAAACCGGUGCACACCAAAGAAGAAUCGGAAAAAUCAUUGCGCCGAUUUUUCAAUUUGGGUAUCCUUCUUCUUUUUUUGUGCACCGAAAAUUGUGAUAUUUCUCGGACAUAUACAUGACCAACAAUGCGUAAAACUAACUAUCACUAAAUAUUAAACUGCGGGUUUUUACUCGCAACAAAUGAGAAACACUAUGACAUCAACAAUACGCAAUACGUCGUCUGACAUGAACGUAACGACGGUAUCAACUUCCUCCUUUGUCUCCAAUUCCCAGAUGUAUUGGACCAAAAACAUAUUUGAUUCCCAACUCUGAGAUUAUUCUUUUUUGCAGCCCCAUAAUCACAGGGUUCAAACUUGCCUGCAGGCUGUGAAUGAAACCGCGUAUCCAGGGAAUUAUGGAUUCCGUAAUUCCCCCAUUAACUCUACAUUUUUCUCAAUUAUCUGAUUGCUUCACAAUAAAAAAACUUAAUUUGAAUCAGAGGAACUUUUACAAUAAGGCAGUGUACAAUAAAAUCCCGGAGGGCCUAAAUCUUUUCCUGUUUUUUCUAGAGUCACCGUUGAAUUGUCAUCAAAUGAAUUUUCACGGGCUUAAAAAUGAAAACAACAAAUUGGUCGCUGAAUUAGCAGAAUUCUAUAAAUUUAUCACAAACUAUUUUAUAACAAAAUUGUUGACUCAAAAAACAUUCUUUUGGGAUUACAACCUUCUUAUGGAUCGGUUUUACAAUUCUCUAAAAUAUUCUGAUGACUUAAAUUUCUUAAAAAUUUUAUUAUAAAGGAUAAGUAACAAUGAAGAUUACAUAAUAAGUUCACCUUCGACACAACGCGGGAAGACCGGUUCAUUGGGCGCAGUAUGGGGAGCGCUGCAGGACUUUUUUAAAAGUUUCCGUUCAAAUUAUCAGUGACUGUGUUCUCCCAAACCGUUUUCUUUUUUACGACAAUCUGCUUAGGUUUCCUAAUCAGAAAACAACAGGUAAAUGAAGAAGCUGUACUUUGGUUCUCCCUCAAGCAGCAGCGUUGAUAAUUCGUUAAGAAAAAGAGGAGCCCACGAGGGGCAGGAGAAGAAGCGGAGAAUCAGCGUUUUUCUUCCAAUGCCUUCUUUUUAUUAAUAUCGCGAUCAAAAACCGAAACGUGCUUUGGUUCCGGGGGUUUUGGGCAGCAUGUUGAUUUGAGUGUAACCCAAGUAAAUGUAAAUGCUGAUGGUUUGCCUGAUUCGGUUGUCUUUUUGUUUUUUACCGAUCAUUUUGCUUUGAUUUUGCCUUAAUUAUUGUGCUUCAAACUUUGCGCGAUCAAUUUCUGAACUAAGAAAGAUAGAAAAUAAAUUUGUUAUCUUCUGGUCUGCCACCUGGGUUUGUUUUGAUCCAAAACACCUGAGGGCCGAUUAGUCUGGCCUUCUUUUGUUUUCAGCAUUUCUUUUCAGCCUUUUUUACACUGCUCGUUUCUUCCCCGAGCCUCUCUAGAACUGACGGAACAAGAUAUUUCUUGGCCACGGAAUGUUUGCGCAAAAGAUCAGUGAGAGAGGGGGUUUGGGUCGAACAAGAUUGUUUCAGAAAAUGUGCUGUACAAUCAGCUUAAGAAUAUUAGUCUUUGUUCGGCGAUCUAGAACAAGCCAGCUUUUCUAACUCACUUUGUUUGAGCUCUUUUGGAGAGUUAUUUAACUUUAAUAAUUUUCACAGCUGCUGACUCUUCUUUGUCGUAUAACUCGCUUCUUCCAAAAAUGUAAAUGUGAGAGCAAAUAACAACUCCAAAAACCUUGAUCGUUCUUUACUUGUUUCGAAAGCGUGGUUAGUUGAUCUUAUCAUUCUCAUUUCGUCGACAGUUCGCUUUACAAAUUUCUUUUAUUCUGGUUAUAAGAUCAUAUUAAAAAUGUGUUACUUAUUAUUUUUUAUUGCCUUUACUAUAAUUAAUGCAAAAUUUUUCUUAUGAUUUCUUGUAAAAUAAAGCAAUUAGUGAUUUAGACGAGCAACUGUCCCCCUUUCGGCAGAUCAAGUUGUGAGGACCAGUUGGCAGGAGGGGAAUGCCAGUGUCUCUUUUUUGAAGGCCAAACCUUAUCCCUUUUCGGCGCUGUCCCUUCCUGUCCCAUCGCUUAUACAUAAUAUCUAUGACCGGUGUCAUUUUUAGCAUUUUUUAGGUUUGUAACAUCAAGUCUUCCGCUCCAAAAAUAUUGCAUGACAAAUAUGUAUGUACAAUACAUAUAUUUUAAUUUUCUGAUUAAUUUUUUUCUUUACUAAGAUUUCAAAAAAAAACUUAUUGUUUGAAAUUUAAAUUCCUGCGCAUCAUAUUAAAUAGUUCUUCCGGAAAGUCGCCGGACUGAAAUCGAUUACACGCACUGUGAGAAAACGAUAUUUCACUUUGCACUGUGCGAUUUCUUGCUUUUUGCACCGUGCACGGUGCAACAGGCUUUUUUCGGCUGUCGCUCGCACCUGACUUUUUUGCACAGCUCAAGCGCCCGAAAUCAGUCCGCGACUUUCCGGAAGGACUAGUAAAUGGAAAUUUUUUUUGAUGAUAAUGUUUCCGUGACCCUAUAAAGUUCUUUUCCCAUCCCGAGGCAUCUUUAAAAUGGAUCUUCGCCCAUGGUUAGCCAUUUUUUUGCAGAUGGCUCUAACACUUCCAUUGCAAAUUUUCGAGACCAUUUACAAAUGUUGUGCUGGAGAAGAAAGCUCUUCCAAACAUUGUAAUUAUCGAUUGGCCGAACGAUUACUCGAACACGCAACUCUGAUGGAUCUAAUCAAAUGGAGAAGGGUUUCGAAGGCCUUCAGAAGAGCCGCCGACAACAGAAUCAAGGCAUUUACUCGGAUCGACGUAAGAGUCUAUCCAGGGCUCAAUGAAAUUCAUAAUCACCAACGGGAGACAGGUAAGCUAUUGCUCGAUAUUGACAAUGUACAGAAAACAUUAUGUAAUCGAUUUUCGUAAUUUAAAAGAAAUGAAAGGUCUUAUGUUCAGCAAGGAGUUCGUGGAUGAGAGAGAAACGAAAAGUGACUUCUGAUCUUGAAGAAAGCACUCCCCUACAUCUCCUAUGCUUUCAGAUUGUUAUUCCUGGCAUCCAAGAGCACCAAUUAUGAUGAUUGAAUCGGCUCCAAAUCAAGUAGGAAUAGCCAUCGAUUCAAAUAUGAAGACUGUAAAUGUGCGAGCGCUUCUCGAAGUGCUCUCCGUGUUCAGAAACUCGGCCCAGCAAUUGUUUAUGGACAGCCCAGUAAUCGAUUUAUUUGUAUCCCAGAUCAAUAAGGAGCAAUUGUAUUCGUUAAUCGAAUUACUACGGAAGAAUCGCACCUUGAAGAGGACCUCGGCUUUCUUUGAUUCCAAUGUAAAAAUCCUUGAUAUGCCUCCUCAGAAGUCUCUAAUGCCCUACGGGCCUUUCUUCCCGAACCUCAAGAAGUUUACUGUUACCUCUACUGUAGGUUUUAAUGUUUUAAUUCCUAUUAUCUAUAUGUAUAUUUAUAUUUUUUUAAAAGUUUAAAAUUACUUUUUUUCAGUCCAAUCAACUCGAACAUCUCUCUCGUCUCUGCACAUACGCAGUUGGAGUGGAACUGUUGUACCAUCGCGAGAACAUAGACAUCCUCUGUCUUCGGAUUAUCCUCGGAGGUCGGUGGUUUCGGAAACCACAUGUCCGGAUGUUCAAGCACGUCGCUCGAUUCCGGCAAUGGACCGAGGCCAACUCAUUGGGCGAGAGGUACUUCCAGCAGUUUACUCCCAACACCAAAAGCAACCGGUCGAUUGUCUGA